AUGUUGCAGACGUACGACGGCGAAAAUGGGCGCGAAAAUAAUGGUGAAAAUGAUGGCGAUGUUAAUGAGGAAGACCAUGAUGACAGCGAUGAUGAUGAGUGCGAUGAUGUUGUUGUUGAUGAUGAUAGUACUGAUGCCGAUGGUUGUGCUGUUAUCAAUGUUAAUCUCACACGCUUAGAGCUCACAUCGAGAAAGUUCUAUAUCUAUGGAAAUCUACAAGUAUCCGCCAGGUUUACCGAAACGGCUACAGGUGAAACCCUGACUGAUAAAUCUACAUCGCGUCUGAGUUCAUAUACACUCAAAAUGAGGUCUAUAAACAAAAACAAUUUCUUCAAGCCUGCACUACCAUACUUUGGAGCGGUCGAGGUGACUAAUCCCGAUGGGGCCUCAAAGCCUGGUGAGAGCAUUAUCGUGCGAUGCGAUGAUUUGGCUUCACCUGUAGAAGCCACUUCUAAUGACCAAGGAUUCGCUGUAUUCACUUUACCACUUCAGGGAAUCUACGGAUUUGAUAGUGGAAACUCUCUCAGGUGCAAUGUGACAGCCAAAGACUUCCAAGAGAACAUUCCAUAUGACCCCGAUGUCCGGACCCUGAAUCGACCAAUCACUUACUUCAGUCUGAGUCCUAUGUACUCCCCGACCGAUAACUAUCUGGAGGUCGAAGCGGUGAUCCAAUUUGGCAAUCCAAUACAAGUUGGCGGCAGCGUAUUUAUUUCAGUCCACAUGACCAAGGAUUGCACUGGUGGACCCAGGAUACUGGCUGUGUCUCGGGGGAACAUCCUCCAGGAUUUCGAAUACGAGGCAUCCCGUCAGGAGAACGCAAACGGCAUCAUUUAUGACGUCACCUUUGUUCUCACGCCGUUAAUGACCCCGUUUCUUGACCUCCUGGUCUAUGGUAUCCUGGAUGACGGAGAGAUGAUCGCCGAUAGUCUCGAAAUCGAAAGCAACGCCGUCUUUGAGAAUGAGGUUCACAUCCAGGUCGCCGAAGGACAGGAUGCUACACUCGAGCCGGGGGCACGGACGAGCAUCGAGAUCAUAGCAUCCCCCGGAUCGUUGUGCGCUGUCGGAGUGGUCGAUAAGAGCGUGCAUAUUCUAGGAGGCAACAACCAGAUGAAGACCAGCGACGUGGUCAGCUUUCUAAACACAUUCCAGUUGAGGUCAGGUGACAAUGAUAAUCCGCGGUGCCAGGAUCACGAGGACGAACCAAUCAAGAUUGAUGAUGGCUUGGUUUGGUUUGGUUUCUCUCCGUAUCGUAGAGAUCCAUAUCCGUUAUACUCGGACGUGACCAAGGAAUUUGAGCAACUGGGUCUUGUUCGGAUUUCUAAUCUUAAAGUCGAGACGAGUCCAUGUCAGACGCCAGAACCCUAUCCAUAUUACGCUCGGGGUCAGGUGCUUGAGAGAGCUGAUUCUGAGCCAGACUUUGCACAAGCAUUUUCAGUUUCGGCGGCUUCAGCAGGUCCAGCCAUUCGCAAAUAUUUUCCAGAGACUUGGCUCUGGUCUAUGCAACGCCCAGAGGAAUCCCCAACCGUCACCGUCCCUGAUACCAUUACAGAGUGGGUUGGAAGUGGGUUCUGUAUCUCCUCAACGACUGGCUUUGGUAUCUCCAAACCCUUCUCGGUGACAGCUUUCAAACCGUUCUUUGCGGAUUACAAUCUCCCUUACUCUGUCAUACGAGGCGAAGAGCUGGAGCUUCAAAUUAACAUCUUCAACUACUUGGAAAAGUGCUUACCGGUUGCGGUAACUCUGACUCCGUCUGCUAAAUUUGAGAUCAAGGAGAAAUCCAACAGUAAAUACACUUGCGUAUGUAGCAGUUCUGAACCAACCCAAGUGACCUUUAACGUUCGACCCACAGCACUAGGGGACGUUGAUCUUGAAACAACUGUGAUCGUUGUGUAUGACCAGCCUGCAUUAUGCGGAGAGAAACCUGUUGAAACUGAUGUGACACACAGUGAUGGACUAAGCAAGCCUAUUCUUGUAGAGCCUGAAGGAGAGGAAGUGGAGGAAUCACUUAGUUUGUACUUCUGUCCAAAAGAAGAGGAGGACGGCACAUUCAGGCAUACAUUUGAGAUCUCAGUUCCGGUGGAGUAUGUUGCGGACUCGGGUAGAGUUACUAUCUUCAUGUCAGGGGACAUUCUCGGCAAUAGUCUGUCAAACAUCGACAAACUGCUCAGGAUCCCGUACGGAUGCGGUGAGCAGAACAUGAUCGGGUUUGUACCAAACAUCUACGCGCUCCAGUACCUCCAAGCAACCGAACAAGCUGACCAAUCACAAGUCAACAAAGCCUUGUCAAAUAUGAGGAAAGGAUACCAGAAGCAGCUCAAUUACCGGCGUAGUCGUGGGUCUUACUCGGCGUUUGGUAACAGGGACCCAUCAGGGAGUGCAUGGCUGACAGCCUAUGUGAUUCGCUCCUUCGCUCAGGCCAGUCCAUUCAUUUCCAUCGAUACAAAGGACCUUGACGUCAGUAUUAAUUGGCUGUACAACGCCCUCGGACAAGAUGAGAACGGGUGUUUCCGGUCAAAGGGUCGCGUUAUCCACAAAGAGAUGCAGGGUGGAGUGAAUGAUGAGGUGACUUUGACAGCGUUCAUAGUCGUCAGCUUACUGGAAGCCCAGCAGCCUUUGGAAACCCAGGCUAUUCAAGACGCGUUGUCCUGUAUCCGCAACUCUAUCGGCAGUUUGGAAGACACGUACACUGCCGCCCUCAUCGCCUACGCCCUGAGUAUAGCUAAGGAUACUAACGUCGUUCAAGUCCUGGAAUACCUCGAAUCAGUCGACAAAAAUGAAAAUGGAGUGAGAUACUGGGUAAGCAGCCGAACCCAGACACCGGGAUCGCGUAGGUACGGCCGUGGUGCAACCGCUUCCUCCCUCAGCAUUGAGAUGACCGCGUACGUACUCCUAACCUACAUCAAUGUUUACGGUCAUGACGCCAUAGCCCGCGGCUCGGCUAUCUCCAAGUGGAUUGUCUCACAGCAAGGACGCAACGGAGGGUUUAAAUCGUCUCAGGACACCGUCGUCGCCAUCCACGCUCUCGCUGAGUAUGCCCGUCUUGUGUUCGGCGGCGAGUCAAACCUGGGUAUUGCGUUCAGCUACAAGGAGCAUUGUUUGUGGAACUCAAUAUUCGUCAUCAAUGAUGGAAAUCGUCUCGUUCUCCAGCGGGCCGACAUCGACCAACUCCCAAAGGCCAUCGUGGUCAUCGCUACUGGCGAAGGGUGUGCCCUUCUCCAGGUGAUCAUCCGAUAUAACAUUCAUCCGGCUCUCCCUCCCGCACCAGCCUUCGAGAUCAUUUAUAACGUGGGUCAUACGACGCAACAAGACGCCUGCCAGGGAAGCUUUAAUCUCAAUGUGUGUGUGAGGUAUCUCGGUGAUGAUGGAUUUUCCAACAUGGCCAUGGUCGAAGUGAAGCUAGUUACCGGUUUCGUUCCUGAGCAAAAAUCUUUUAAUUUGCUGAGGAAUGGGUUCUACCCAGAACUCACUAGGGCUGAAUAUAGAGGCAAGACGGUCGCCAUGUAUUUCAACCAGUUUACCGCCACACUGUUGUGCUUUGACCUGGAGGUUAGACGUGUCCAUCACGUCACAGAUCCCAAGCCCGGUCUCAUCAAGGUUUACGACUACUACGCGCCAGAUGUCAUUCUCUCAACCGAGUGCAGCAUGGCUUGUCAAUCGAUUGGUCCACCUAUCAAAGUACUACCGGUCGAAGAGCCCGAGGAGGGGCCUAUCCAAAUACUACCGGUCGAAGCACUACCAGAGUAGGAGGUAAUCAAGUCCUUCCCGCUGAUGAAAACCAGGUUUAACUUGAUCAGGAAC